GAACUAAGCAGCAAGGUUGAAAACAUCUCACUGUGUCCAAGGCAAGAAAAAAGGGAAUGAGCAGCAAUAUGUUUUGUAGAAGCUGCGACCAAUGAACAUUUUGUGAUAUAAGACAACGGCUACUAAUCGUCAAAGAUGAGAGGAGUAUUUGUACUUUGGUAGACUUUCAUUACCUUAACUGGACAGACUUCUCCAUAGCUACAGGUAGUGAAACAAACCAAGCACCGAGGCAUCUUCAAAGAAUUGUGGUGUUGGAAGAAGCAGGACGAUCAGAAAGAUUGAUCAGGUUCUCGGUUAGAGAUUGAUCGGAUUUGAAUCAAGUUUCUCACUUUUACCUGACUUGAAUAAGUGGCUGCCAGCUUUGAACCAAAAUGAACAAUAAUCACUGGAAGAAUUAAGCUGCAGCUUGUAACAGCAAAAAUACUGCCAGAUGGUUGAAGAACUACAACUCCUAAAACAGCUUUCUUCCACCCUCAGAAAAAUGUCAGACACUUUACAGAACUGUUUAGAACAUCAACCACUUGUAUCAGACGCCUACCCGGAUAAAUUACUGGAAGGUCUCUUCAACUUGCGUACGAGAAAUAUCCUGUGUGAUAUUAUGCUGGAGGCGGAAGGAAUCACCUUUCCAGUACACAAAGUCAUCUUGGCAUCUGUGAGCAGUUACUGUAAGCUACUGUUUGGUGCCAAAACCGCAGCUCCAGGGAAUCAACAGAAUAUAGUUAUUAAAUUGAACAAUGUUAGUGCACGAGGACUCAAACACGUGCUGGAUUUUGUUUAUUCAAACAGACUCAACCUUACUUUAGACACGAUAGAAGAGAUACUCAAAGCAGCAGAGAUUUUGCUCGUCAGGGAUGCAAUCAAACUAUGCUUUAAAUUCCUUGAAGAAUGCCUUAGUCAGAGAAACUGCAUGGACAUUGUUAAAAUAACCCAAAAAUCUGGGCCACAGGACUUAAAACAAAAGGCAGCUUCGUAUGUGGGUCAGUACUACAAACACAUUUUGGGAAAUCAUCGCUCUCUGGUAGAACUGGAUAAAGUAGCUCUUUGUACAAUCCUGGACGAUAAUGGCAUACAAGGCUACAGUGAACUGGAACUGUUUGACUGCACAAUACGGUGGCUAUAUCAUGAUGAGAACAGGUUAAAGGAUGCAGCGGAAAUUCUGAAAAGAAUUCGGUUCUGCCUCAUCCCAGCAGCCAAACUGCAGAAGUGUGUUCAAGAAACAUCGCUCAUGAAAACUAAUCUCCAAUGUCACAGAUACCUCCAAGAAGCACUAAGUUACCAUUCCCACCUGUACGCCCAGCCGCUCAUACAGUCGGCACGAUCUCAGAUCCGCUCGAUCACUGAUCAUUUGGUGAUUCUUGGAGGGCGUACAAAGGAUAACAGAAUUUGCAGCGAUGUUUGGGUUGCAGAUGAAACUGGCAGUUGCUGGAGAAAAAUGGGGGAAAUGUGCAUUCCUUUGUACCAUCAUAAGGUGGUGGUUGUAAAUGACUUUGUGUUUGUUAUUGGUGGGCAACACAGAUUCGAAGCCAAUGGAAAACAACCGUCAAACGAGGUUUUUAGGUUUGAUGUCAGGAAUAACUCAUGGCUGCAGGUUGCUGGAAUGCUGGAAAGGCGUACACGUUUUCAUGCGGACACAGUUUUAGACCACAUCAUUUCGGUGGCAGGUGGGACAAUUCAAGGAAACCUCACCAACACAGUUGAAGAAUACAAGCCUGUAGAGAACAAGUGGCAAUUUGCAGCACCAUUCCCAGUGGCGGUGGCAGACCAUGCAGGGGCUGUGCAUAAAGCCAUCUUGUACAUAUCAGGUGGAUUUUCAGCAGGGGUAACUCUGAAAGAUAUAUAUAGCUAUCUCCCAAGACUACAAAGGUGGAUCGUCAACAGAGCCAUGACAUUUGCCAGGUGUGACCACGGAAUGGCUACCAUUGGAGACAAAAUAUUCUGUGUAGGAGGAAGAGCUUUAAACUCAUCAAGCGAAUGGGUUCACGUAAAUGAAACAGAAUAUUAUGUCCCUGGAACGGACCAGUGGACCACACUUAAAGUAUCUCCCUUCAACUGCUGUCAAUUCAGCACCUCAGUUCAUAAUUCUAAACUAUACAUCACAGGUGGAGGCUCUCUGCAUCAAAUGAUGAAAAAGGAUAGUGUCUUUAUCUAUCACCCUGAGGCCCGCAGGUGGGAAAGAGUAGGAGCCCUACCUCUCCCACUGAUGGAUCAUGCUGCCUGCACACUUAAACUCUGUGAUGAAGUUUUGAACAAGUUGAAGCGAGAGGAGAGAGUACAUCCGCUCCUUGGCAGCAAAAAGAGUUCUACCCUCAAACUACUUGUAACCGAUUAGUGUGAGAUACAAUAACAAUAUAUGCACAUGUGAAUGAAUGAAAAUUAAAAAUGGAGCUAUGUGCCAUAGGAAAGCACAAGACUUGUAGUGAAACCUUUUAACAAAGCCAUCAGCCCACUGUUUAAUUUUGUAGUCUAUUUAGACAUUUGCAUUUUUCUUAUAACCUAAAUAUACGUACAGCU